UUGUGCCAGUGGCGAAGCUGAUGAUGUUGUGACCUGGAGUCGCUGUGCUGGGUCGGGAUAAUGAGCUAAGAUAGUGUUUUACAGCCCUCAGGCAUGUUUGGGAGGUCGAGGAGUUGGGUGAGCGGCGGCUCCGGCCGGUCCGGUUCUAAUGUGCAUUCACUGGACAGACUCAAGUAUAUGUAUCAUGUUUUAACGAAGAACACAAUAGUUACUGAUCUGAAUCGCAAUUUGUUAGUGGAGACGAUUCGCUUAAUCACAGAAAUUCUCAUUUGGGGAGAUCAGAAUGACAGCUCUGUUUUUGACUUCUUUCUGGAAAAGAAUAUGUUCGUCUUCUUUUUGAAUAUUUUGCGGCAGAAGUCUGGGCGCUAUGUCUGCGGGCAGCUUCUUCAGACUCUGAACAUCCUGUUUGAGAAUAUAACCCACGAGACCUCUUUAUGGAGUUUGUCUCCCUGGGCGUGGUUAUUGUACGACAACCUUGGGUUGUUCUAUGUUGUGCAGAGUGAAAUGAUCCUUUGGAUAUAUAUGGUACUUUAUAUUACUACUAAAAUCAAAUCUACAAAUAUUUGCUUUUUUUUUUUCCUUUUUCUUUUAGAAAUAGAGAUGGUUAUCAUGGACAGGUCAAAAGCAUCAGAGAAGCUGGCGUCUUCUGUAACUGAACAGAACAUAACAGACGAGGAAAAAAGUGCAGCUGCCGCUGAGGGUAAUCAGAGCAGGCCGUUCCUUGACAUGGUGUAUAGUGCGUUGGAGUGCGCCGAGGAGGAUUACUAUGCUCUCUUUGUCUUGUGUCUGCUGUAUACAAUGUCCCACAACACAGGAAUACAUCAAACUAAGCUGGAAAGAAUCCAAUUGCCGCCUCAUCUUGCAAAAGAAAAUCGUUCUUACAAUCAUGUUUUGUCUGAAAGGCUUAUCAGACUAAUGAGCCAUGCAGCCCAGCCAGAUGGGAAAGUGCGUCUGGCUACGCUAGAGCUUGCGUGCAUUCUUUUAAAGCAGCUAGUGCUGUCUGAAAGUGGCUGCGUUAUCAAAGACGUCCAUCUCGCCUGUUUGGAGGGUGCAAAAGAAGAAAGUGUUCACCUGUUGCGACAUUUUUACAAGGGAGAGGAAAUUUUCCUGGACAUGUUUGAAGAUGAGUACAGGAGUAUGACCAGCAAACCACUAAAUGUAGAAUACCUUAUGAUGGACGCUUCUAUCCUUUUGCCACCAACGGUGACGCCCCUGACCGGCAUUGAUUUUGUAAAGAGACUGCCUUGUGGGGACGUGGAGCGGACACGCCGAGCAAUAAGAGUGUUCUUUAUGCUCCGCGCAUUGUCGCUACAACUCCGAGAGGAACCGGAGACACAGUUACCGCUGACAAGAGAGGAAGAUCUCAUAAAAAUAGACGACGUGUUAGACCUCAAUAACAGUGACCUGAUUGCCUGUACAGUGAUAACAAAAGAUGGGGGUCAGAUGCAAAGAUUCCUGGCUGUUGAUAUCUAUCAGAUGAGUUUGGUUGAACCAGACAGCAAGCGCCUCGGCUGGGGUGUUGUCAAGUUUGCAGGAUUACUACAGGAUAUGCAGGUAACCGGAGUAGAAGAUGACAGCAGAGCCUUAAAUAUUACGAUCCACAAACCAGCUUCAAGUCCCCACUCCAAGCCGUCCCCCAUCCUCCAGGCCACAUUCAUAUUCUCAGAUCACAUCCGUUGUAUCAUAGCAAAGCAGCGGCUGGCAAAAGGACGCAUACAGGCACGGCGCAUGAAAAUGCAGAGGAUAUCAGCACUCCUGGAUCUGCCGGUGCAACCUUCCACAGAAGUUAUGGGUUUUGCACAGACCUCUGCAACUGCAGCACCUCACUUACCGUUCCGGUUCUAUGAACAGUCUCGGCGCAGUAUAUCUGACAUUGCUGUACAGAGAUCAGUUUUUGCAUCAGUAGACAAGGUGCCAGGUUUUGCCGUAGCCCAGUGUAUAAACCAGCACACUUCAUCGCCAGCACCGCCCCCCUCCCCACCUUCCAGCGGAAGCUCCAGCAGCAGCACCGGACCCUGCGAUUCCCAGACAGCCAGCUCGACCUCCACUCCCUCUGCAACCCAAAGCCCGUCAGGUACUGGUCAAGAUGACACUUCUAUUUCUGACCAUCCACAAGCGACCAUCUUCAGUCAGUUGGAGUCUGCAGGAGAGCCGCCAUCACCGGGCCCCAAGACAAGGAAGAGUUCUUUAAGGAAGGCUGACUUAGAAGUGACAAGCCUGGCGCCCACUCUUGUUCCAGCUGCCCAGCCAACCAUCUCUUUAUUAUCAGACGGUGAUACAGAUGCGCUGAGUGUGGAAUCUCUUACGUUAGUGCCUCCUGUCGACUCGCACAGUAUUCACACAUUUGGUUGCAUUUUGCAAACUUCCACAGACUCAGAAAGUCAGAAAAAAGAUGGCAGUGCCGGCAGCACAGAGGUGGCAGAUACGGAUGUACAGUGACAACCGAGUGGGAAAGACAUACCUUUAUUUUUGUGACCUACUGUUAAAAGCCAUAACGGACAGCCAAGGUGAACGUGCAGCUACCGCUUCACUAGAACUUGCACAUCUGGCAUUUUGUCGUGUGCUGACACCCGCACCCUAAACAUUCAGCAAGAACAUUCAUGUACAGAAGCAGCCCUUCAUGUAACUGCUGCAACCAUCUAAGUCCUGCUGCUUCCAUGUUGAUAUUUUUAAACUGUAAAUGGAAAAUAUAAGACCAGUAAAUGUCUCCGGUUUUAAAGCUGCUGCCUGCUUUGUAUGCGCAAUUCUGGGCCACUUUAUGUUUAAAUUUGUUUUAUUCACGGUGGAAAAUCCUCCUCUCAUUUCUACAACUCCACCGGGAACCCAAGGAGGUUCCUUUAUCACAGGCAGAGAGGCGGCAGCCGAAUCUGCACUACCUGAUGCAUUCAAUCUCUUAUUUCAAUCUCCUUCACUUGUGUUUCUUUAUAUGUUAAUGCAAGGAUCACAUGAUCUCAUUUGUUAGAGCAUCGUAUUGUUACAUAAAUAUUCCUUGGUAACUGUGUGUGGAACCCUCAGCAAAGGUUCUGACAAUGACACAGCUUGUGAGUGUUGGAUAUCUGCAUAUGUGUUUAACCCCUGAAAACACAUAGUUACACACUGUCUCAGCAGUAGCCACAGUAAAUUGCUGCAGGAUGGCUGCCAGUGGGCCAAUCAGAAGCUGCAUAUGCACAUAGCCACUAAUCACCAGCUGUGUAAUUUUCCAGACCUGCUUGAAAGUGCAUCUGCAGCUGGAGCCUAAUUAUGUGUUUAAACCUUUGAUGGCAGUCGAACACAUAAUUACCAAAGAGCAUUUUUGUAAAAAUUACACACUCAACAAAUAAGAACAAUAUUUUAUUAGCAUUUCCCUCUAAUCAGUACUUAAUUUCAGAAUGCUUUGAAAUCCUUAACUCACCAUGUAAUGAUUUGCAUUGCAGUGCAUUCCUGCUCUGGCAGCUACAUGGUUAAACAGGCUUUCCCUUGCAAGACCACAAACACAUAAAGUGAUUGAGAAAACUUCACUCUCAAAGUGUGUUUUAGGACUUAAUUAUUUAAAGUAAUGAUAUUAGAACCAAUGAACUCAGCAAUCCCUUACCUACCCAGGAACAAACAGCUUUGCUACUCUAGGUUAUGCAAGUGCUUGUAAUAGCCAAGUAGCUUUCAUCUUUAUGGCAAUCAGAGCCUGUUCUUGAAACAUUUAAACUAUUAUUUUGUAAAAGAUCAGGUAAAGAGAUGUAUUUCUAUAGGAAACUUGCUUUAUUUUUACUUGGUGUGGUAUUUUGUGUCCCAUUAAGAUUGCACCAGAUGCAAUUAAUUGCUAAAGAUGAUUUUUCCUACAAGCCUUUAGUUGUCUUACAGCAGUAUUGUGUCCUUGUGACCAUUGCUCCAGUCUUUGUUGGUCUCAGAAAGGGGAGGAGGUAUAGGUUGAAAGCCAGACACAAAAUGCUGGGUUACUGGCCCUGAUUAUAUGAUCAAAACACCAGGGGGAACCGCUAACUGUCUGUGGCACAAAAUUAAUUUGAAUUUACAAAACUAGAUCUUAUAUUCAUUGAAAAACUAAUAGCUUUUGUAGUUUUAAAGCCACCUCAAAAGAAAACCUUACCCCCCCUGACCCAUAAAAGACAUUAAUGCCUCUCAACAUGAGCAAAUAAGCUCCCUUGUACAGAGCAAAUCCUUUCCUUACAGUACAAUGUGCAUCAGCUAGUUCCUGUCUCUAAUAUGGAGGAGAUUAGUCAUUUGUUCCUCUCCUGUAUGGUACCUAGUAAUUCUAGUGGUAUUUAUUUACCAUUCCUUAAGUGAUCUCUAGUUAGAGGGUUCAGACUUUAAUUGUCGGGAGGUUUUCUGUUAUGCAGUUACACACCAGUAUUGUGUUUUUUUGAAUAUAUAUAUUUUCUUCUAAACAUAUAGAAAUCAUAACUGAAUAAACUAAUUAAGUGUU